AUCACAGAGUGCAGAGUCUCGGGUCUCUCCAGAACAACGUUCAGACAGAGCAGGCUCCAGGGGCCCCCAUGAUGCCCAUCCCUGCCUCCCUGCCCCACCUGCCUCUACCAUCUCUGCUGCUGCCUUUCCUGCUGGGACUCACAGGAGUGGCAGGUGAGGAUGCACUGCAGGUAAUUCAGCCUAAGAAGCCAGUGUCAGUGGCAGCUGGAGAAACGGCCACCCUGCAGUGCUCUAUGACUUCCCUGCUCCCCGUGGGGACCGUCCGGUGGUUCAGGGGAACAGGGCCAGGCCGAGAAUUAAUCUACAGUUUCAAAGGAGGCCACUUCCCCCGAGUAACAAAUGUUGCAGACUUCACAAAGAGAAACAACACGAACUUUUCCAUCCGCAUCAGUAAUACCACCCCAGCAGACGCCGGUGUUUACUACUGUGUGAAGUUCCAGAAAGGGAGCCCUGAUGACAUGGAGGUUAAGUCUGGACCGGGCACCAAGUUGUUUGUGCGUGGUAAGUCCAGAUCCCUGAAAAUCCAGCCCUCUGUUCUAAGGCAAAUCACAAGCCUCAAGCCCUCAGCUCAAGGAUUCCCCUUUGUUAGCUCUUGUGUCAAGACUGAGGAUAGAAGAUGA